AUGGCGGUCGCUGCGCCCGACGCGUCCAAGGACAGCACAAUGGGCAAGACUUGGAAUACGAACAAGCUCGGACUGAGGGUCGGAGUCGACGUCGUUUCGGCGUGUUCCGCUGCGGCGCUCGUUGCGCCCAUCAUCACGGCCAUUGAUAAGGGAAUCAUGGAGAAUGCCAGCGGGAGGAACACCCUGGGGCAGAGCUUGAAGUCGAGCGCGAUGGAGAUAUUGACGAAGCCCACCGCCUUUUUUGGCAGGAGGGCUUUCUUUCUCAUCUUUACUGUAUACUCCGGUACCUACAUCACCGCGAACAGCAUCGACACCGUGAACUCGACGAUAAGCAAUAAGCCGAUCCACACCACCACGGCAGGAGCGUCCAAGUUCUUCGCGACAUCGGGCUCGAACAUCGGCCUCGGAUUAUACAAGGACAGCCAGUUCACCAAGAUGUUCGGCUCUGCCUCGUCUGCAGGGUCCCGUCCCGUGCCCCUCCCGACCUUCGCACUCUUCACCAUCCGCGACUGUCUGACCGUCUUCGCAUCCUUCAAUCUUCCCACCGUGCUCUCACCGCACUUCGACGCACGCAUGUCCUCCGAAGUAAAGAAAUACGUCGGCGCGACAUCCGCCGCCCAGUUCUUCGCCCCGGCCGCCGUCCAGUUGAUCUCCACACCUCUGCACCUCUGGGGUUUGGAUCUGUACAACAGGCCUGGCGUAAGUCUUCCCGAGAGGUUCACCAGGGUCAGCAGGGAUUGGCUGAAGAGCGCGUUCGCUAGGAUGGGCAGGAUCGUACCGGCCUUUGGCGUGGGAGGCGUCGUCAAUACGAAGGUUAGGAGAAAUCUGAUGGGCAAACUUGAAUCGUAA